CUCACUGGGAUCACAGGGAACAUUUGCCACCUCUGCCACUCAGACCCCUUUGCAACAGCUGUCAAACAAUGGAUACCCUGCCCAAGGCUGUACUGGGAGUCAUCAUCUUCUGCUCCAUGUGGACUGGUUCCGCGGGAAAGGUUGCCUACAAGGUUGAGAAACUCUCCGCCUCGGGCAGUCCCUGUCAGUUGGAGUUGACGUGCUCUAUCCCGAAUCAAACUACGAAAUUCCACUGUUACCGAGGUAGCACCAACAUAUCUGGCGACAGCAAGCACCUUGUGGAGUCCGGAGGCAAGCAGUUGACCGUCACACCUGACCCCAACAGCAACAGCGCCGUGUACAAAUGCCUUUCGGAGGCAACCCGAGAGAACCUAUCCGUUGACGUGGCCCCAGCCUGUAACUUCAUUGGCUCUUCGUGCAUGUGCUCCCGAGUUAGGAUGGCCGUGACAAUCGCCUUCCUGUGCGUGUGGUUCAGUGCCUUGGGAUUCAGCGCCUACUUCUGCUGUGGACAGACCAGUCAGAAGAAAGCAGGGAAGAAAGGACACACCACUGCCAAAGGUCAGAAGAAAGCAGGGAAGAAAGGACACACCACUGCCAAAGACAAUGAGGAGAUGCCUGGGCCCAGCUCGGCUAAAGGAGCCCCUGAUACCAACCACCAGCCCCUGAAGAAAAAGAAAGUCAGGAACUACAGUAUGAUACCAAUAGCCGCCGAGGCACAUCCACAAGAUCCAACGUAUCAGGCCCUGGUCAAGGACAAAGAAGAAGACUACAGUGCGAUCAAGCCACAGGCGUCUGUUGGGAAGCCCGUGGUGACGUUCUCUGGACUGAACAAAGAGGUCACUGUCGAGUUCUUUCUGCCAGGUGGAGCCAAUGGCCAGGAGUGAGACAGUCAGCAGCUCACUUACAAGGCCACACAUUCUCUGUAUAAAGCAAGCCCCAGACCCUGGAUUAGACCCCAGCCUACAAGUCACUGUUGUAACUGUCAGUCUAUAUAUAAGCUCCCUGAACUCCUCGAUUAGAUCCUAGCCUGGAACUCUCUCCCUGAGAUCUGUCAUUUAGGUGUCAAUUUAGUAAUUCUGCGAUUCGAUCCCAGCCUGGAACUCGCUGCCAGGUGUCUGAUAUUGUAUAAACCCCCUGAAUCCAUCAAUGUGAUUGCAGCCUGUAACUCACUUCUGGGUCGGCGUGAUUGUAGAUAUGUUCCCCCUGAACUACUGCAUUAUCUCCCAACCUGUAACUUGCUCCAGGGCAGUUAUUA